ACCACCACACUGCUCAGAGAAGGUGUGGCUCUUCGCGAAAAAACAACACUGGCGCUUGCUCGGGCGCUUGUGCGUGUUCGGGUGUAGACCGAGGUGUAGACGUACGGCUGGCAACACUCGCGCUUGGCGUGUUGAUGGAAACCACAGUGGAUACAGAGAGCGGUCUAAAGCGCUUUUCAUUCCAAGUGAAACCUGUGCAGAGGUUACACUGGGAGGACACUGCAGCUGAUCAUCUGGUGACCCAUGAGGAACCUGUAAUCUUGACAGGAACUAAUGUGGUUACACCUGCUCUGCGAUGGACUCUACCAUACCUGGAAGAGAACAUGGGUUCAACUAAGCACACAGUGUACUUAUCAAAGUCACGUACUUUUAUGUACUACGAUGAAAAAAAGGUGCUGUUGUGUAGUUAGUUGUAUGUCAUUUUAUAUUCUCACUUGCUAAGAAUCAACUAAAGAUGUGUAAUAGUAUUUAUAUGGCCACAAUAGCUAACGAUAUAUUUCAUACGAAAGAAGAAUGAGAGGGGGAUUCUGGGCCUUACUUUUAUCUAUAGCUACAGAACACAGAAUAUGCACAGGGGACUAAAAAAUGAGAAAUAACGUGAGCUUGCACAGAGCUAUACAUAAUAUGAGGACAGGUAUACAACAAGAUCAAAAGGUAUUAAUAUAUAAAUUUUGUUCGCGUAUUUAGAAUCAGAGCAGAAUCCCCACAAUCCUCAGAAGUAGGUACUGCAGUUAAGAGUGAUCCCAUAAUAAUGCCCCCAAUGGACCAUAAGAAGUGCAUGAUCUGACUAUGCUGUGGCUUAUUGCUACACUCUCUCAUACAACAGCUAGCUUGGCUUCGAUGCGAUGUGACGGCAGUAUAGAGCAUUACAGUACAUUUGGUCAUCUGGGGUGACGUGAUUGGUCAGUGUCAGUGGUCUUCUCUCUACACACUCUUAAGUUCUGAACGCGCUGACAGCAUUCAGCUCCAGUUGUGUGAUACCUUCUUUAUGACAUUUAUAACUUGGCUAUGUUUUCUAAGUGUGAUUGUGUGUUUACAAAUCCCAUUUGUUGGUUUAGGUUGGAGCCUUCCCAGAAUUCCGUGAACCUAUGAAAAAGCGUGAAUGGACAUUCUCAAAAUUUGUAGAUGAACUAAAGAGCCACAUGGGCCGUAAGGAUGAAUACAUAUAUUAUCAAGAUGCUCUGACUGAUGCUGUUGGCACUAGUAUAAAGCACGAUUUUCUUCACUUUAACUGGAAAUGGCUAAAUGAUAGACGACAGCGCUACAAUUGGGGACAGUUGACAACAAACCUUCUUCUGAUUAGCCAGCCAGGGAAUAUAACUCCAUGUCAUUAUGAUGAACAACACAACUACUUUUGCCAGGUGAUGGGUGAGAAACGCUGCUUACUUUUUUCACCUGCAAACUUUUCAAAACUAUAUCCCUAUCCAGUUGCUCAUCCAUGCGACAGGCAAAGCCAGGUUGAUUUUGAAUAUCCUGACUACAAGAAAUUUCCUCGUUUUCGUGAUGUAGAUGCCUUUGAAUGUAUUGUUAAACCCGGUGAUGUUCUUUAUAUACCUAUGUACUGAGUGGUCCUGUUCCUAGCAAAAUUAACUAUCCUCUAAAUGAACAGCAAAAAGUUGCCAUUACAAGAAAUAUCGAGAAAAUGCUGAAUGAGGCAUUGCAAGAUCCUGCAGAGGUUGGACCACUUCUCCACAUGAUAUUGGAUGGAAGAUAUUGAUGUCUGAACCUUUUCAUUUUAUUUUCAUGAUUUAUAAUAUUUUGGUGAAAUCUAUAAUAUAAGAUUGCAGCUGAUGUACGUAUAUACAUGGAUGCAUGUGUAGGUUAGCUAUUAGGUAAAUCCCUGAAAAAAAGAUCUUGUAAAAUAUCUUCGUCUCUCUCCAUUUCGCACUGAUUUGUAACCGGAUGGGAUACCAGGAGCUUGUGAGUAGAUUCACAGUUUAAAGAUGUUGCUAAGUCAAACAUUGAAGAAAUAUUUCUGUAGGGAGAGAAGGUGGGUAUAAGUGCAAAACUGAGCACGUUUGAGCAUUUCACAAGGCCACACAACUAAAAGCGUAAUUGUAAAACUUACCUGCACUUUAGAUGUAAUGGAUAGGUUUUUGAACUAUCACAAUUAGUCCUCAAUGGUGCACCCAUAGCAUUGUUACUUGAGCUAACUGUCUUCGUGUCCGUAACAUGUGCAACACCAUACACCAACUGACUUGGACAAUCAGCUUCAUUAGUCUUCAUACACUUUUGCUUCAAAAUAAGAGAGUGUGGUGUUUCACUGCUAGCAUCGUCUACCAGUGGAUCAUUCUGUGAUUGAUUUUGCUUCUGUUCACUACUUUCUUCCACUGAAUUGUAUAAUAAACCGAUUUGUUCUUCACUAGAUUUGACAAUUGUGUAAGAUGUAGUUGGAGAAUCAAAAGGUGUGAAAGUGGAGGAUUUUGUUAAUCGUAACUUUUCCACUGAGAGGGGAGGUAGCAAAGUCCAACUUCGUUGAUGAUGUGACUGACUUUGACCAUCUAAACUAUCAAAACCUAAGAGAAGCCUUUCUUACAAUGAGUGUAGCAAAGAAACAGCAAUACAAACUAGGAGAGUUAAUAAAUCAGCUAAAGUACAUGGUUUAGAGGACGGUUCUAAUUGGUGUCAACCAAUGAUGAUUGAGGCGCAUAAGUCACCUUAAUUAUAUAUCUACGUGAGGUAUGAAGGCAAGGCAAGUGGAAAGCAAUGACACCAGGAUAACACUUUCAAAUAAUGAAAGUUUUAAAAUUUUAGUGCCAGUCAAGAUUUCUUUUAAAAAAUUGACCUGAAAAAUAAUGGAUUUCAAACCACAAAAGCAUCAUCAUCAGAGGAAUAGCAACUUACAGGAAGACAACUUUGUCGUUCGUUUGCCAUGCAACCUUUUGUUGAUGUUUACAUGCACAAAUUAAUAUUGCGAAAUAACAAUGAAUCAUUAUGGUCAGCUUGUACAAGUGGAAAAAUCAUUUCUUCAUAAUGAAGGGGAUAGGGAUGGCUCGAAGCACCAAAAACAAAGGAAACAACGAUUUGUUACAAAGCACAAAGCUGCAUGACACUAUCCCUAUCAUCUUUGUUGCCUAUGAGUCUAUAGGACAAAGAUAAGGAUUUCAUUAUAAAAAUCAAGCCAUACUUUCCUGUUCUUUGGAGAGGUUAGAGAGUGUCACAGGGGGUUGUUUGGCGUGGUCUUCACACAACUUGUUCAGUUGCCUUUGAAGAUGUGAAGUAGUUAAGGAUGUCAACAGUUGUGAAAUACAUACUGCAUAAUUUGAAUGCCAAUCGUGCUGCAUAUCACUACACAGGGUCACACUUGUGAUUCACAUCAGCUUGAGCGUAUUAUCACUUAAAGUACUGCUUGGAAUGCAUUCUCCAGGAAAAAGCAAGUGUUUUCCCCUGUACUUCAACCUUUAAUUUACUUCAUACAGUGUGCCUCUGUCACCCUUACAAACAGACAUGCAAUCAGCUAGUUGUGCAAUGGAAAGUGUAAGGAAGUAAAGCUGCGUAUUAUCCAUGCCAUCCUGUAGGGCUUUAGGACACCAUGCAUGAAUUUCUCUAGCAAACCUUUAUAAUUAUGACAAUGGCCAAAGGACUCCUCUCACGAAACUACUAGAACAAAGUUACGCUUAUGCCACGCUUUAUUGAAAAGUAUGAGCAGUUCUAUUUUCACACGUACUUUGAAACGACACUCAAUUCAUUUAGAAGUACAAGUAUACUUUUCAAAAUCCUGCUAAUAAAUAAAGUAAAUGGAUAGGAAUGGGAUAUAAAUUUAAUUACGCAGCAUGGUUUACGAACAGCAACCCGCUCCGAACACAUCACACAAUACCUAGAUUGUUGUCUGGUGUGCCACUCUCAAACACUAUUUGGAAUCUAUGUAUGAUGAUGGUGGUCACACAGUAGAAUGACACUCCUUCACUCUGCAACAUUGUCGUUACCUUGUAGCUAUAGUUCUGGCUGAAACACUUAAUGACGAAUCUAGUGAAUGUGACGCAGUAGUACAAUGGAUGAUGGCUACAUACUUCGAACUGACAUCACUUGCUUGUGUAAAAUUUCCUCCACACAAGCCCUGUAUUGUCACGAAGUAUGAGUGUGCUCCCUUGCACAGCUAUGACUUUUUUCAUAAGCACAUUAGACAUAUAGUGCCAUCUCCAGUUGUGACUGCUUUGUGUAAGACUUCUACAUUUGCUCCACUAACCAGUUUUACAAUGCUGGACAUCUACAGAAUCCCUUCACCUUUGUCCAUGCACUUUACACAAUUUACUAAACAAACUCAUGUCAGUGAGAAAAGGUGGCGACAUUAUAGGGCUUGUGUGGAGGAAAUUUGACACGAGCAAACGAUGUCAGACGUCAAUUUGAAGUAUAUAGUCAUCCGCGUCACAUUCACUAGGUCAUCCUUGUCUUCUCUCCUUGCUUUUCAACCCUAUAUUCUCCAUCUAUUUACUUGUCUCCUUUCAUCAGUGCACAAGUUUCAUUGUAAGAGGACUCACCAUUAGGCUGUUUGUUGUUGUUUACAUGAACUCUUAUCAUGGUAAAUCAGUAUACCAACUUUCAUUGUCAGAGGACCCGCCAUAAACAAGUUUUAGGGACAUACAAGUUUUUAUUAUCUGAGGCUGUUUGUUGUUGCAUAGUCAUCAGUGUACCAAGUUUCAUUGUGAGAGGUCCUACAAUAAGCAAAUUAUAGGCACAAACACAGUUUACAAGUUUUUAUUUCCUGAGGCUGUCUGUUGUUGUUUACAACUUGUAUUUUGAUACUAGCAUAUGUGUAGAAAAAUAUUAUUUUGUUUGUAAACAAAAAAAUUAAAGUAGCCCCCAGCCAUACAUCAUUCCUUGAAUUAAAAGUGUGGAAUAUAUAUAGAGAUGUCAUAAAAGGCAAGGAGAAAAGACAAGGACCUAGUGCAUGUGAUGCAGUAGUACAAUGGAUGAUGGUGACAUCUUCAAACGGACAUUUCUUGCUCGUGUACAUUUUACUCCACACAAGCCCUAUAUUGCCGCCACUCUUACUCGUUUGUUUAGUGAGAUGUAGUGUUAAGACUGGCAAAUGCAUUCUGUAUAGAAAGUAGCAUUGUAAAACUGGUUAGUUGAGCUAACAUUGAAGUCAUAGACUACAAAAUACAGUCACAAUUCAAAACUGAGUAGCUACCAGUCUUGUGUGCAUAGGAAACGAGCUGCAAUAGAGAUCACUUGUGCUUGCGACAAUAAUAUAAUAAGGCUUAUGUGGAGUAAAAUUUACACGAGCAAGCAAUGUCAGUUUGAAGAUGUAACCAUCAUCCAUUGCACCACACACACUAUGUCAUCCCUGUCUUGUCUCCUUGCUUUUUUAUAUAUAAUAUACCAUCCCUAUAUCACUUGUAAUACAUAAGGUAUAAUGUGGUUACUUUUGACUAUGGAGGAUAUCAAUUCUCUCUCUUUCGAGCAAGAUUAUAUGCUGAUUCAACUGGAGAAGAGCACGCCUAAAUUUAUCCCUUUCCACAUGUAACUUUUCCUCAACUUCAUGUAUCUUCCGGUCUCCAGUGGCAACGUCAACAAUAAGUUUACGAACCCGGUUCUUGUCCUUUUUACAAAGGUACCGGAGUGAAUCUGCAUUUUUAAGGGAGGCUGUGCUUAGCUGGCCUGGGGGACAGCAGAGCAGCACGGGGCGGGGCCGGCCUGCGUGGGUAGUGGACAGCGCGACACGCCCAUGCAGCUCGGCUCUAAACAUGUUGCCGGAAGACUUGAUCGUGCUGGUCGUCUAACCCUUUGAAAAAAGGUGUACAAAGUCAAUUGAAUGGGCAGUGGUGCCAGUAAAAAUUCGACAAAAGUUAUGAGUGGUGAUAGGCAUUUGCGAGACCUGCUACUUCAGAAAACAUCGGAAAUUCAGAGGCUAAGAUCUGAUAAUGAACGGUUAAAAAAGCUUGUAGCAGACCAAGAAGAAAACAUCCACCGGAAGGAUGUUCUUAACCAAACACUUACACAAGAGAUUGAAACACUGAGAAAGGAUGCUGACGUGCAAUCUAGGACUCUUCGAGAAUUAAAGGAGAUAUUACAAACACAUGUUAAACCAGCUGGUCCUGUUCAAGUUCGUCACAGAGCAGGUAUAUCUGCUGAACCAUUGGGGCAUGGUAACAAGUUAGAACUAACAAAGCUGCCACGUUUCAAGAAAGAAUUAAGAUAUAAAGAUCUCAUCAUGAAAGCAAUUGCAGAAAACGAUUUCAUGCGGAAUUUGGAGCCUGUACAGUGUAAUGAGAUAGUUGAGUGUAUGUAUGAGCGAGAAUUCAGAAAGGAGCAGUAUGUGAUCCGAGAAGGAGGAGUUGGUACUCAACUUUAUGUUAUUUCAGAGGGAGAGGUGCAGGUUACAAUUCGCGGUGAACAUCGUGGUACAAUGGGACCUGGAAAACUCUUUGGGGAGCUUGCCCUCUUGUACAACUGUACUCGAACGGCAACUGUUAAAGCACUAACUGACACAAAAGAAACCCGAAGAGAACAUAUUAACUCUCCUGCGUAGCAUGCAAGUGUUGCAAUUACACAGACAAUAACUCAGAGUUCAAGUUUUAAAUAUGGUGCAAUUUUGUUUUCAAGUUUGAUAUUCCCUCAGCUCAAUGUCAUUAACCAGUCUCAAGCUAUCCACUCUGAUCAUCAUUGUAUAUGUUAAAGGUCAAAUAUUAGCCAGUGAGCAAUAUAACAAGUAAAUAAAAAUUCAAAAAGUGUGGAAUAUAGGGAUGCCAUAAAAAGUAAGGAGACAAGACAGGGAUGACCUAGUGAACAUGAUGCAUACAAUGGAUGAUGGCUACAUACUUUGAACUGACAUCGCUUGCUCGUGUAAAAUUUCCUCCACACAAGCCCUAUAUUGUCGCGAAGUAUGAGUACGCUCCCUUGUUUGAUGCACAGCUAUGAUUUAUUUCAUAAGCACAUUAGACAGGUACGUAAUACCAUCUACUCGGUUUUCAGUUGUGACUGCAUUGUGUGAAGUCUAUGACUUCUACAUUUGCUCAACUAACCAGUUUUACAAUGCUGUGUUCUACAUACAGAAUCCUUUCACCAUUGUCCUCGCACUUCACUAAACAAAUGGCAG